GGGCUGCGGGGAGGUGGUCGCGCCCUGUGCGCCCGCGGCUGCAGCGCCCAGACCCCGGCCUCCCUCGGGACACGCCUCACCUGCCGUGCGCGGGUCAGGGCCAGUGCCAAGAUGAGCGCCACCUCCUGGUUCCUGGUGAGCAGCAGUGGCACCCGCCACCGCCUCCCGCGAGAGCUCAUCUUCGUGGGGCGUGAUGAGUGUGAGCUCAUGCUGCAGUCCCGCAGCGUGGACAAGCAGCACGCCGUCAUCAACUACGACCAGGGCCGGGACGAGCACUGGGUGAAGGACCUGGGCAGCCUGAACGGGACCUUCGUCAAUGACGUGCGCAUCCCCGACCAGAAGUACGUCACGCUGAAGCUCAAUGACGUCAUCCGCUUCGGCUACGAUGCCAACAUGUACGUGCUGGAGCGCGUGCAGCACCGCGUCCCUGAGGAGGCGCUACGGCACGAGAAGUACACCAGCCAGCUGCAGGUGAGCGUCCAGGGCACGGCACCCACGCGCGGCGAGACCCCCCCAGAGCAUGCCCCGUACUGCGAGUCCUCGAACCCCAGGCCCGAGCGAGGGGACCGCCGGCCCGCAGCAGAGACCACGGCCUACCGCACGCCCCUGUACGGGCAGCCCUCCUGGUGGGGCGAGGACGACGGCGGUACCCCACCCGAGGAGCAGCGCCCCGAGGACCUCUACCCAGAGCGCCCCAAGGAGCUGGACCAGCUGGCUGGGGAGCUGGGCGGCCCCCGGACCCCCGCCGGGCCGCUGGGCUGCUCCUUCAGGCGGGAGCCCAGCUACUUCGAGAUCCCCACAAAGGAGGCCCCGCCCAAGCCCCGGGCCCCCGAGGCGCCGGCACACGAGGCCCCCACCAAGGAUGAGCCCCCCGGCGCGGGCGGGGGCCCCGUGGUGCAGAGCCACGCCUCCUUCACCAUCGAGUUUGACGAGGGCAGCCCCGGCAAGGUGAAGAUCAAGGACCACGUCACCAAGUUCUCCCUGCGCCCGCGGCGGCCCUGCCGGGAGGCCACACCCGGGGACGUGGUCUCAGCCGAGACCAAGGUGGCCGACUGGCUGGUGCAGAACGACCCGAGCCUGCUGUGCCGGGCCUGCCCCGGGGACGACCGGCACAGCACCAAGAGCGACCUGCCCACUCAUAGCCGCACGCUGCGCGGUCACAAGCACCAGGACGGCACGCAGAGCGACUCGGAGGACCCCUUGGCCAAGGCGGCCGCGGCGGCGGGGGUGCCCGCGGACGGCGGCGGGGAGCAGGUCCGGCUUCAGCGGCAGCUCAAGCGGGACCCCCAGGAGCUGCUGCACAACCAGCAGGCCUUUGUCAUCGAGUUCUUCGACGAGGACACGCCGCGCAAGAAGCGCUCCCAGUCCUUCACGCACACCCCGCCGGGGGACCCCAGGGCCGACAGGCGGCGCGCCCCCGGGCCGGCCGACAGGGACCGCCCAGGCGCACCAGCCCCCGCCCGGGCGGCGGGCAGCUCCGGGCCGCAGCGGGCCAGCUCCCUCAAGCGCGAGAAGACCGAGGAGCGUCUGGGCAGCACCUCGCCCGCCCCCCGCGCGGCCGCCCGCGCCUUCGGCAGCGUGGGGCGCCGCUCGCGCCUGGCCCAGGACUUCAUGGCGCAGUGUCUGCGGGAGGGCUCCCCCGGGGCCCGGCCUGGCGCGGAGAAGGUGCCCCCGGUGCUGCCCGCCCCCCUGACGCCCCGUGGGGCCAGCCCCGUGGCUCCCUCGACCCCGCCGCCAGCCCCUGCGGACCCCCUGCUCAGCAAGGCUCCCCGGCAGGAGGAGGACGACAGCCUCAGCGACGCGGGCACCUACACCAUCGAGACGGAGGCGCAGGACCCGGAGGUGGAGGAGGCCCGCCAGAUGAUCGACCAGGUCUUUGGGGUCCUGGAGUCCCCUGAGCUCUCCAGGGCAUCCUCAGCCACCUUCCGCCCAGUCAUCGGCGGGGACAGAGAUGAGACUGCUGAUAGCACGGCCCAGCGGCUGGCCCUGCUGCAGGAGCUGGCCUCCCGGCCUGGGGGCAUGGCGCCCCAGGGGGAUCUCCAGGGCCUUCCGGGACCGGGCUCUCCUGGGGCUCAGAAGUGGGCGUCCCGCUGGGCCAGCCUGGCGGACAGCUACUCUGACCCUGGCCAGUCAGAGGACGGCACUGGACGCAGGGGCGCGGAACUGGAUGGGGUCCUGCCGGUGCGCCAGCGGCGCCUGCUCCCCCCGCUCCCCAGCGAGAGAACUGACAGCCCUGCCGGCUCUGAGGCCUCCAGGAGGAGCGGGUUGGGGCCCCCAGAGCCGGUCAGCCAGCAGGCCGGCCACCCCGUGGGCCAGGAGGACCUGGAGCCCGACAGCCUCAGUGACGCCAGCGGCUCAGACGGCGGGCGAGGGCCCGAGCUGGGAGGGGGCCCGCAAGAGGAGCGACACAAGAGCCCCCAGCAGGGCCCUGCGUGGACCAGGGGCCAGCACUCCCCGAGGGGUUCUGGGGAGCCCGACCCCACCUCCUUCUUCAUUGGAGAGCAGAACGGGGAAGCGGCCUGCGCUGUGAAGCCCACUGUGGCCCCAGGGGACGUGCAGGGCCCACCUGCUCGGGACAGCAUCUACGUGAGCACCAGCGGGAGGAUGGUCAUCCAGCUUCGCACGGCUCGGUCCCCAGAGCCUGAGGCCCCGGCCCCACCCAGGGAGGCCCUGGCCUUCGUCCGGCAGGAGAGCUUCACCAAGGACCCCGGCAGCGGCCCCCCGGCUCCCGGCCAGCUCCCACACAUUUCCAGCCACCCACUCCUACAGGACCUGGCUGCGGCCCGGGCAGCUCGCAUGGACCUGCACUCCCAGGACACCCACCUGAUCCUGAAAGACACAGAGACAGCCCUGGCGGCCCUGGAGGCCCGACUGCUCUCCAGGUCGGCGGGGGAGGCGGAGGGCGAGCUGGACAGCACCCUGCGGCGGCCAGAGGACUCUCUGUCUGGGGACUCCGAUGUGGACACGGCCAGCACUGUCAGCCUGCUCAGCGGCAAGAAUGGGCCCAGCCCCACAACCCCCCAGCCUGGGGGGCUGCUGAAGGACAUGCGGUCAGCCCUACCCGCGGCGCCGUCCCCCGGGGGCACUGCCCCCAACUGCACCCAGGAGCGGCUCUCGGAGAAACAGCACUGCCCGCCGGACGCGGUCCGUGGGGAGCCUGGACGGCGCCCACCUGGGCGGCGUGGCCUUGGGCCCCGGGGUUCCCUAGACUGGCCUGACGAGGAACGUGGCAGUGGCCCGACCCACCCCUCGGGCUCAGACCUGGUCACCUCUGACCCCGAGGCCCCCGGGGCAGGGCGGCCAGGGCCUCGCCGAAAACCAGCGGCUCCACCGCCGUCUCCGGCCGCCCGGGAGGAACAGGGCCGCGGCUCUGCCAGCAGCCAGAAGGUGCAGCAGCUGCUGACCCGCUCCAACAGCCUGUCAACCCCCCGGCCCACGCGGGCGUCCCGGCUGAGGCGAGCCCGACUGGGGGACACCUCGGACACAGAGGCCGCGGAUGGCGAGCGGGGGCCCCUGGCCCCUCCUGAGCCGGCAGGCCGGCCGGCCGCCGAGCAGACCAAGAAGCUCUCGCGCCUGGACAUCCUGGCCAUGCCCCGGAAGCGGGCCGGCUCCUUCACAGGGCCCAGCGACUCGGAGCCGCUGCCUGCACGCACUGGCUUCUCUGGCCGCAGCGUGGAGCUAUGCUGCCCCGGCCGGAGGCCCAAUGUAGCCGAGGCCCGGGCCACCGCCAGGAAGACCACCGGCACCACGGCCCCGGCCGCCCGCCAGCCCUUCAGCAGGGCCCGCCCGGGCAGUGCCCGGUACUCUUCCUCCAGUGCGCGUCGCCGGCAGCAGGGCUCCGACUGCACGUCCACCUCCGAGGAGGAGUACGGCUCCCGCCACGGCUCCCCCAAACACGGCCGUGCCCGGGCCUCAGCAGCCACGCAGACACCCCGCGUGGGCAGCUGCGGGCGGCCCUGUGCCCGUGGCCCUGGCCCCCGCGACACGGACGACGAGGAGGAGGCCGACCCCUACGGCUUCAUCGUGCAGACAGCGGAGAUCGCCGAGAUUGCCCGGCUGAGCCAGACGCUGGUGAAGGACGUGGCCAUCCUGGCCCGGGAGAUCCACGAUGUGGCUGGAGACGGGGACUCACUGGGCUCCCCGCGGCCCUCCCGCAGCCCCUCCCUCAGCACCGUGCCCAGCACCCCCGCCUCGACCAUCUCAGCCCGCGAGGAGCUGGUGCAGCGCAUCCCGGAGGCCAGCCUCAACUUCCAGAAGGUGCCGCCCGGCGCCCUGUGCUCGCGGGGCCUGGACCAGAACAUGAACAGCAGCCAGGAGGACGGCGCGGCCCCCAGGACGCGGCCCGGAGCCGCGAGGAGGCAGGAGCCCGGGGUGAUCUUCGACAACCUGAUGCUGAACCCCGUGUCCCAGCUGUCCCAGGCCAUCCGCGAGAACACGGAGCACCUGGCGGAGAAGAUGAAGGUCCUCUUCCAGAACUCGGGGCGGGCAUGGGAGGACCUGGAGGCCAGGAUCAACGCCGAGAACGAGGUGCCCAUCCUGAAGACAUCCAACAAGGAGAUCAGCUCCAUCCUGAAGGAACUGAGGCGGGUGCAGAAGCAGCUGGAAGUCAUCAACGCCAUCGUGGACCCCAGUGGGAACCUGGACCUGCUGACCGGAAACCAGGGCCGCCUGAGCUCAGCCCAGGCGGGGAAGGGCAGGCCCGCAGCCCAAAGCCCAUCCUCGCCCGCCGUGGCCGACACCCUGCUGCCCACCCUGGCCCUCAGGGGCUAUCCGCGGGCCAACUGCGGGUCCCCUGGUCUCCCGGACCCCGCCUUCCUCCCUGACUUCCUUCCAGACGCAGAGAGAUUCCUGAUCUAGGCGGCCCUGGCGGCUCCGCACACCCUCUGCUGCCACCCUCCCUCUGGCUCACCCCCCCAGACCCCGCGUGCCAUGACCUGGGGCCACACCGCCACCCAGCCCCUCCUCAGCCCCCGCCAGCACCCACCAGGGUCCAGCCCCCACCCUGCCCCCAGUCCUGCUGGCCCAGCUCCUGCUGUGGCCAUCCCCAAGGGCCCAGGGGUGGGCCUGCGCCCCGCCCCUCCAUCUGCCCCCAGGGCCACCCCUUCCAUCCCCCCCUUUCCAUCUCUGUUAUUUUUGUUGUUAGCUUUAAAGGAAAGAGUCGGUGCCAUCACAGCCUCCCUGGGGGGCGCUCUGCCCGGAGGCCCCAGGCACUGGCCUGACCUGCCCCGUCAGCAGGUGGGCUGGGCCUGGGGUUGUUCAGUGCCAAACCCCCCCUAGACCCAGCGACCGGCCAAGAAGUGACCGUGUGGACAUUGGGGCGGGACCUGCAGCCUCGCGCUCUGGGGUGUCCUGCGAGGCCCCCACUGAGCUUGGGGCACACUGGUCAGUAGCCCAUUCCUGUGAAGCCUCGUGGGGUUGGGCAGGUGGCCCCGUCCCGGUCCUGGGUGGCCCCAGGGACUGGGAGGCGAGGGCUACGCCAAAGCGGCUGGAAAGCAGCUUCUGGAAGCUCCGGCCACGGUCUCUGCUGCUCUGUCCCGGCACCAUGGCCUUGAGCCUGGGCAGCCACGGGAGGGGGGACAGUCCCAAUUUCUCAGGAUCCGUCUGUGGGGACCUACCAGGGGAGCUGAGCGGGGCCUCGCGGCCAAACGCAGGGGCCCAGAAGCCAAAGAGCUGGUUGGCCGUGGGCCGGGG